UUCGACGCUCGGCUACAUCAACAGCAACUAAAACUGUCUUCCUACAGAACUCGCAGUUUCUUUCAAUUAAAUGUUUUACUAGACUAAUUUGGAUUUGAACUGUGUUAAUUACGAUAAUGUCAAAUAAAGUAAAUUAGAUAAAUAAUUUAAUAGACAAAGUGCAAGAAAUAAAGAAACGAGAGCAAAACUGACAAAGCAUCUGAAAAUAUCUCGAACUAUCUGCAGCGUUUGGUUUCUGGUGGCAAUAAACUUUUAUAAAAAUCUAUCAACUAAGCUAAUCUAUAGAAAAAGUACAGUGAAAUUACAAAAUAAAAAUCUGCACAAUUCAUGUGUGUUAAAAACACAAAUUAGAAACUAAAACGAACGAUUGAAUGAUAUCCAUUUCAUAACUAAAAAAAAUAUAUCUCAAGCUCAAGAUGAUCUACAAAGGCUUAACACUAUUCAAAGACGGGUAUGGCCUGGCAUUGCGAACAGCUCAAUAUAACUACAGACUCUACCAACGCGCGCUUUCAGUACACUAUGGCAACGCUGCUCUGUUAACCCCAUCAGUCAAGUCAUACGUUGAGGAAUGUGUCCAAUUAUGUCAGCCCGAUAAAAUACACAUCUGUGAUGGUAGUGCUAAAGAAAGUCAAAUGCUGCAAACACACAUGCUUCAACAGGGCACCAUCAUUCCUUUACCCAAAUAUGAAAAUUGUUGGUUGGCACGCACCAAUCCUGCGGAUGUAGCGCGUGUUGAAUCUAAAACUUUCAUCUGCACUGCUAAUAAAGAGGAAACAGUACCUGUUACUAAUGAAGGUACACCUGGUGCGCUAGGUAAUUGGAUUUCAAAGAAAGAUAUGCAAAAAGCUAUUCAAGAACGUUUCCCCUCCAGUAUGGCUGGGCGCACGAUGUAUGUUAUACCCUUUUCAAUGGGGCCGAUAGGGUCGCCAUUAUCAAAAAUUGGUAUCGAAGUAACAGAUUCUCCUUACGUUGUAGAGUCCAUGAAAAUUAUGACACGAGCAGGUACUAAGGUAUUGGAACAACUACAAACAGGUGAUGGGCAGUUUGUCAAGUGUUUACAUUCUGUAGGUAAGCCAAAAAAUGGUGUUAUAGAGCAACCUUCAUGGCCGUGUGAUCCAGAACGUACAAUCAUAUUGCAUACACCCGAUAAUAAUGAAAUCGUCAGUUAUGGUUCAGGUUAUGGGGGAAAUUCGCUUUUGGGCAAAAAAUGUUUUGCAUUACGAAUUGGUAGCACAAUUGCUAAACGUGAAGGCUGGCUGGCAGAGCAUAUGCUUAUACUUGGCAUUACAAAUCCUAAAGGUGAAAAAAUUUACAUUGCUGCAGCUUUCCCAUCGGCCUGUGGUAAAACAAACUUGGCUAUGCUUACGCCUACACUGCCAGGAUAUAAAGUAGAGUGCGUUGGUGAUGAUAUUGCUUGGAUGAAAUUUGAUUCUAAUGGAGACUUACGUGCCAUAAAUCCAGAAAACGGUUUCUUCGGUGUUGCACCGGGCACAUCUAUGGCAACGAAUCCUAAUGCUAUGAAAACUAUAUUCCGUAAUUCACUGUUUACAAAUGUUGCACACACGUCUGACGAAGGAGUUUAUUGGGAGGGUAUGGAAGAAGAGAAUAUAAAAAGUGUGAAUGUUACGGACUGGUUAGGUAAACCCUGGAAUAAAUCGAAUGGUAAACCUGCUGCACAUCCGAAUUCUCGUUUCUGUACACCUGCAGCACAAUGUCCAAUUAUCGAUCCAGCCUGGGAAGAUCCAGCUGGUGUACCAAUUAGUGCCAUAUUGUUUGGUGGUCGCCGUCCUGCUGGAGUACCGCUUGUCUAUGAAGCACGCAGUUGGGCACAUGGUGUCUUUAUCGGUGCAGCUAUGCGCAGUGAAGCUACUGCUGCAGCUGAACAUAAAGGAAAAGUAAUAAUGCAUGAUCCAUUUGCUAUGCGUCCAUUCUUUGGAUAUAAUUUCGGCAACUAUUUGAGUCAUUGGUUAAGCAUGGAGAAGCGCGGUAGAGUGCCAAAGAUUUUCCAUGUUAAUUGGUUCCGCAAAGGUGCUGAUGGGAAAUUCCUUUGGCCUGGAUUUGGUGAAAACUCAAGAGUUUUAGAUUGGAUAUUCAGAAGGGUAAAGGGUGAAGAAUGUUACCAAGCUUCAGCUAUUGGUAACUUACCAAGUCAGAAUGCAUUAAUUACACAAGGGCUACAAGAAGCAAUAAAAUUAGAUGAACUUUUUAAUUUACCAAAAGAUUUCUGGGAACAAGAGGUUAUUGAAAUCGAAAAAUAUUUCAAAACUCAAGUGGGUGAUUUUCUACCAACUCAGGUAGCGCAGGAACUAGCAGGAUUGAAAGAUCGCGUCAGUAAAAUGUGAUGAAUUUUUAUUGUUGUUGAUGAAUUAUUGUGA